GGUUUUGACUUCAACGUCUCUGGGCUUUACAUCUCUCAGAGAUCUGCAAAUUUCAGUGGUAAUAUAACCAUCUAUGAGAGCUGCAAAGACAUGCCAGGAGUUCUUAUCUGGUAUUUCAGCCUGCAGUUCGCCAACAUGUUCCUGGGCAUCCCGGCCAACAUCACAGUGCUGUGGCUCAUCCACAAGAACAAGAGAGACUCCUCCACCUCGGAUAUUUUCAUUGUUCACCUGGCAGUUCUUGACGUGCUGUUUUGUCUCAUCCCUCCGCUGGAGCUGGCCAGCAUCGUUUUCCUCACCACCAGCAGCACCUGGUACGUCCUGCGCUUCUUCUACGGCAUAAAAGACUUCUCUCCGCUCUUUCUGUCCUGCAUCUGCCUGGACCGUUACAUCGCCGUGAUCCACCCCAUCUUCUUCACCAGGCUGAAGGACCAUCCGUACAGGCCGGCGCUGGCCGUCCUGGUUUGGCUCAUUAUUCUGGCCUACGCUUCAGCUAAAUGUGUUGGAAACAUUGUGCAUUUUGAACUGGUCUUCACAGUGAUGAUCCUCUCAACGUUUGCUUUCAUGGUGUUUUGCAACAUAGUGAUUCUCUGGGCCCUGAAGCAGUCCAGGCCCGGCCAGGACGCAAAGCAUCCGGUGAAGAAGAGAGCCUUCAACUUGGUUCUGAUAAUCCUGGCCAUCAUUGUCUUCAACUACUUCCCUCCUGUUGCACUGCUCCCCUUUCAAGAAUACUUCUCUAAAGACGUAUUUCGCUGCUAUAUACACUAUGUCGCUUUUGGCUUGAUGGACUUUAGCAGCACCAUUCAACCUAUGCUUUAUCUAUCCAAGGAAAAGUUCCCAUGGAGACUCCACUGCUGCAGAACCACAACCAACGAGACACAAACAAAUUCAGUCUCACGAGAGAUUUGGUGCUUAUCCCAGCAGACACAGAACGUCAGCGAGGGAUUAUUCUGAAGAAACCAGCGGAUUACAGAACACAACGAAGAACAGGGGAGGCAUGCAUUUCCAAUUUGCCUGUGCAAAAACACAAAACAGAACCAUUUUUGAUUGCAAUGACAUAAAUGUGCAACAGUAAAUCACAAGAAAU